AGCGCGGGAAGAUGGCGGUUUCAUGAGCCCGUAUCAACGCCAGUGGGAGCAAUUUGCAAGAAACCUUCCCGUUGGGCUAUAUCAUAACUCUUGUGUCGAAGCAUAAUAAUAUUACCGUUGUUGUUGACUUAAGACGAUAGCUUGUUACAGUCAAACCCGUGGAUAGUACCCUAUCGCCCUCUAUAGACUUAACACAGGUUUCCAUUCCUCGUGCCUGGCUAUAUACAAACAGUGUGGUUCGAAUAUGCGAUUCAGCUCUCAAGACUCGCGUGCAAACACUUUAGAAUCUAGUGUUACUAUCUUGUUUACGCCAUUUAGAGAACGAUAACUAGGCUAUAAAACUCAAAAAUUUAAAUCGUACGCUGCCUAUAUAUACACCAGAUAAUAAUAUCUGUGUUUACAAAGCUUCGAUGUAGCCUUCCGGAAAAUAUGUCGGUAUCAGGCAUUGCGUUUUUUUUUAUCUAAGGAGAGAUGAUAUUCAGCUGUUCAUUUUGCCAGCAAACGCGGAAAUCCUGAUUAGAAGGAAAGUAAUAAAAGGCGGCCCGAGUCGACGCCAGAACUUACCACAACCAGACUUCUGAGAGAUCCAUCCCUUGAAACGCUACGUUGUUCAGUAUCGCAAUCGCCAUGAAGAUCGUCGUUUUCCUUGCAUGCCUCUCGGUGGCAUUUGCGGCCCACCUAAAGGGCGGACCUACCUGGGCUCGCAACCUGAUCGUUGGGGGCGUAGAGGCACCUAGGGGGAGUCGCCCAUACCAAGUGGCUCUCUUCAGUAAAGCCUCUGGCGGAUUUAACAGUCAGUACUGCGGUGGCACCCUCGUCAGCGACCGAUGGGUGGUGUCAGCGGCCCACUGUUCAGGAGGCGCAGUGUAUGUUGGGCUGGGAUACCACAACUUGAACGACAAUGGCAAACAGAUCAUCAAGGGCAGUUGGAUCGCACACUCCAGCUACAACUCUAACACUCUGGACAACGACAUAGCGCUGAUUAAACUGAAUUCAGCAGCGAGCUUGUCUAGCACAGUGGCAACCAUCAGCAUUGCAUCGUCAGGCUCCGACCCGUCAUCCGGUACUAGUCUGUUGGUCAGCGGCUGGGGUUCCACGUCAUCCGGUGGUGCCUACCCUUACGAACUCAGACAGGUCGUGGUAAAGGCAGUCAGCCGUAGCACAUGCAACAGCGACUACGGUGGCGGUAUCACUAACAACAUGAUCUGUGCUGCGGCAUCUGGGAAAGACUCUUGCCAGGGUGACAGUGGUGGCCCAAUUGUCAGCGGCUUCAGCGAGAACUCACACGUGAGCGGCACAAAACUUGAAGGCAUCGUCAGCUGGGGCUACGGAUGCGCCGAUCCCAAGUACCCCGGUGUUUACACCCAUGUGUCCAACUACUGCUCCUGGAUCAGCAGCAAGACGUCAGGUGCUGUCAGCUGCUGUUUAUCUGCAGAGGAUAAAAAGCCUGCCGUUUCUGCCCAUCUGUUCACUUUGCACUGCAAGAAUCUUCCUUCUCGACGACGAGCUAGCUGCGUCAUCAUGAAGCUUCUCAUCUUCUUGGCCUGUGUAUCGCUGGCCUGUGCAUUUUCACCGGGUCGCCUACUCCGCGGGCCUCGCAAUCUGAUCGUUGGUGGCGUGGAGUCGCCCGUCGGCAGUCGCCCAUACCAAGUGGCUCUCUUCGAUGGUCCUGCCUCAGCGAAUAAUCAGUUCUGCGGUGGGACCCUCGUCCACCCACAGUGGGUCGUCACGGCAGCUCACUGCGCAGGCGCUGGUAAGGUGAACGUGGGGCUUGGUUUCCACGACCUGAACGAAAAUGGCAACCAAGUCAUCGCAGGCUCCUGGAUCGUUCAUCCGAAUUUCAACUACAACACUCUGAACAAAGAUAUUGCCCUGAUUAAACUGGACGCCGCUGCCACCCUGUCGGACUCCGUGCAGACCAUCAAGCUUGCCAGCUCCGGAUCAGAUGUUGCUGCAUCAACCGCGCUGUUGGUCAGCGGAUGGGGAUCCAUAUCAUCUGGUGGAAGCUACCCGGAUAAAUUGCGUCAGGUGGUCGUCAGUGCAGUCAGCCGCAAAGAUUGCAAAGACAAAUAUGGCAGUGAGGCGUCCAUCACCCGCGUCAUGAUCUGUGCCGCAGCAUCUGGGAAAGACUCUUGCCAGGGUGACAGCGGCGGCCCCAUCGUCAGCAACUUUGACGAAGGCCAGCACAUCGAUGGUGUGGUUCUAGAGGGCAUCGUCAGCUGGGGCUUCGGGUGCGCAGACCCCAGCUACCCCGGCGUCUACACCCGGGUGGCCAAGUUCUGUGAUUGGAUUGCCACUGAAACGAGCAAUGUCGUCACCUGCUAGGUAGCUGCUGAUUGGUCAACUUCCGCACGCUAGAUAUGUAUCAUUAAACGGAACGAUCCUCUAUGACAUCGAUUUGUGGAAUUCUCGAAUAACACGGCCAUGCGACACAUGUACUUUGAUGUAAUUUAUUUACAAUUUUUAUAAUUUUUGGAAAUUUUAUUUUGAUUUCAAGAAUACAUUUCCAAGGUGACAAACUUAAUUUCUUGGAUGAGUUCCCUUGAACAAAUAAACUUUUGGUGUUGACAUACAUUAAAGAUGUGUUCGAGGGAAAAUACAAUUAACACUAUAUAUCACUAAUAAUACUUGAUAAACUGGUGCCACAAUUCUGAAUGAAUGAUGAACCAACUACAUUUCACUGUGUUGGAUUAAAAUAAACCAAAAUCCAGCUGA